ACUUCUGAUAGAAAGGAGGCUGAAAAGGAACGUGGAUUUAGCGAGGAGCUAUAUAAGUUUUCAGACGAAGUGACCUAUAAGAUUGCAGUCCCCGCUAAUAGGAACGAUCUGUUAUGCUUAGAAGGUUUAGCUCGCGCUCUGCGAGUAUUUUUAAAUAAGGAAAGCCCGCCCAUUUACACUGAAAUUAAGACAGAAACUCCUGUUCAGUGUCUUGUUAGAAAUUCGGUUCUUUCUGUUAGGCCGAUCAUUGUUUGUGCUAUACUUCGCAAUUUGUCUUUUACAGAAGAAACUCUUAAAAGUUUUAUGAAUCUUCAAGAUAAGCUUCACCAAAACAUUGGUCGUGAACGUACACUUGUUUCCAUUGGCACCCACGACUUUGAUAAAAUUCAGCCUCCUUUCGUAUACGAGGCCCGACCUCCCUCGGCUAUCUCCUUUGUAGCGCUUGAGCAACAUAAGUCUAUGAGCCCUGGAGAAUUAUUUUCCCUUUAUCGAGUUGGAGGAAGCAAGGCGAAGAAGUAUUUGCAUAUUAUUGAGGACAUGGCCUGCUAUCCUUUACUAUUGGAUAGUGAAGGGGUUGUACUAUCGCUACCGCCUAUAAUAAACGGGGAGCACUCGAGAGUUUCUACAGAAACAAGAAACGUAUUUAUUGAAUGCACCGCGACCGACUACGUCAGGGCAUGCGUCGUGCUGGACACCAUUAUUUGCAUGUUUUCUCAAUAUUCUCAGCCCCGUUUUACCUACGAGUCUGUUGAAGUUUUAUAUCCGGAUGGGGCCCGCCAAAUAUACACUAUGUCUUGCCGUGAGGAAACAAUCGCCGUGGACUAUAUUAAUCAGCACAUCGGCGUGACCCUCAGCGCUUCGGCAAUUGCCACUCUCUUGAGCAAAAUGUGCCUUCAAGCGGCAGUUCAUAACGAUCAGCUAAGCGUUUUAAUCCCUCCCACCCGGGCGGAUAUACUGCAUAAGUGCGAUAUAAUGGAGGAUGUGGCCAUUGCUUAUGGCUAUAACAACAUAUGCAAAACGUACCCGCGCACAUGCACUAUUGGACAGCAGUUACCAGUGAAUAAGCUGACCGACCUGCUUCGUUUAGAGUGUGCCAUGGCUGGCUUUACGGAAGUACUGACAUCUUCCCUCAUUUCUCACGACGAGUACUUUAAGUAUUUACUAAAGGCAGACUCCGGGGAAGUGACCGUCAAAGUCGACAAGCCCGCCGCUUCUGUUUUUCAGAUUAUCCGCCCGAGCCUAGUCCCUGGAAUUCUCAAGGCCGUGUCUGCCAAUAAAUUUCAUGCUAAGCCCAUCAUGCUUUUUGAAAUCUCUGACGUGGUGGUUAAAAAUGAGACUUCAGAAAUAGGAUGUAGCAAUCGGCGACACCUUUGCUUAAUCCAUUUUGGCACUCUUUCCGGUCUUGAGCUUAUACAGGGAAUGCUUGACCGAGUCAUGGCCAUGCUAAAGUUUCCGCAGACCACGGUCGAUCCCCGUAGCGGUUAUUACGUCAGUGAAUAUGAGGAAAGUUUUCUUCUUCCCGGACGCAGCGCGCGCGUAUACGUAGGAGGCGAGCACAUGGGAUGCUUGGGCAUCGUACAUCCGGAGGUGCUGGCUUACUACGAGCUUACCUGCCCAUGCGCCCUAUUGGAGCUGGAUAUACAACAAUUUGAAAGCUACACUAGCACAUGCGUCGCAUGGUCUGGCCAAUCACAGAGCGGGCUUAAAUAA